UCGCUGAGCACAGUGCCCCUGGACACUCGCCACCAUUACACAGUUGGAGCUCACACUUGCUAUGUUUGUCCCAGUUUCUCUCCAGAAGAAGUUGGAAACCUAAUCGUCUACAGAGGCCAGAAUGGUGGAAUGAAACAGGAAGCCCCUGAAGCCAGCUGGACAGCCAAGCCCCUUCUGGAGGAGCAGCCACUGCUCUGCUCCAGAUAACCGUGGCGAGUCAGGAAUGUUCAACCACUCUUACCACACUCACUGUCCAGUUUCUCAGGCUACAUCAAUGGAAUUUUGAAGUCAUGAAAACAUCAGAUGAACCGGCCUGCAACACCUUGGAUUCACAUUGGAAAAUGAAGUGGAAGCUUAAAGCAUGUGGCCUUUAAAGGAGGGCAGCACUGGAGACAGUAACUGGCUGGUGGUAUCAAAACAGACCAGUUUCUAGACAGUAGAGGUUAUUUUAGUCCAGUAUCAAGGUUCAAGACACAAUGUACAACUAAAAACUUUUCAUCCCUUCCUCUUCUGCUUCAGACAGGUACCAGCAUAGGUGAAUUAUGAUUUUCCCUGGUUGAGAGUGUUUGGUUUUGCCUUUGUAGACCAUGCCUAGGAAUGAAAUACUUUUUUAUUUAAUGUAGAUUAUAAUGGGAAACCCUUUCACAAUGGCUGAUUUCAAGGACUUGGUUCCAAACUGAGCCAACGUUUCCCUAUGUACUUUGUAGUCCGGGAAAACUGUGCUGUGCUGGCCCAGUUUUGAAGGCCACCAUGCUCUGUAAUAGAAGGAUAUCAUCUUAUUGCUGAUAUCUUUGGAGCACCCCAAGCAGACACAGAAAAUGAAUGGAGGCAAAGAGUCUGACGGAGGAGACAAGGAAGGAGGUCUUCCAGCUAUCCAGGUUCCUGUGGGUUGGCAGCGUCAUGUGGACCAUAAUGGAGUGCUUUACAUCAGUCCCAGUGGGUCUUUGUUAUCUUGCUUGGACCAGGUUAAGACAUACCUGCUUACUGACGGAACAUGCAAGUGUGGCUUGGAGUGUCCUCUUAUUCUUCCCAAGGUGUUUAAUUUUGAUCCUGGAGCUGCUGUGAAGCAGAGAACUGCAGAAGAUGUUAAGGCAGAUGAUGAUGUCACAAAGCUAUGCAUACAUAAAAGAAAAAUCAUUGCAGUGGCCACACUCCAUAAAAGCAUGGAGGCCCCACAUCCUUCUCUGGUGCUCACCAGUCCUGGAGGAGGAACAAAUGCAACUCCAGUAGUACCUUCACGAGCGGCAACUCCAAGAUCAGUAAGAAACAAGUCUCAUGAAGGAAUUACAAAUUCUGUAAUGCCGGAAUGUAAGAAUCCUUUCAAGUUAAUGACUGGAUCAUCAAAUGCCAUGGGAAGGCUAUACAUGCAAGACCUGCCUGGAAGCCAGCAGCAGGAACUCCACCCUGUCUACCCCCGCCAGAGAUUGGGCAGUAGUGAGCAUGGACAGAAAUCUCCAUUUCGUGGCAGCCACGGAGGCCUACCCAGCCCAGCAUCAUCAGGUUCCCAAAUCUAUGGAGAUGGCUCAAUCUCUCCGAGGACUGACCCACUUGGAAGCCCUGAUGUCUUCACACGAAAUAACCCUGGUUUUCAUGGAGCUCCCAAUUCCAGUCCUAUUCACCUGAGUAGGACUCCUCUUUCUCCACCUUCAGUAAUGCUACAUGGUUCUCCCGUACAGUCAUCCUGUGCAAUGGCUGGAAGAACUAAUAUACCUCUUUCCCCAACCUUGACUACAAAGAGUCCAGUAAUGAAAAAACCAAUGUGUAGUUUUUCAACUAAUAUGGAAAUACCACGAGCAAUGUUCCACCACAAACCACCCCAAGGCCCACCUCCCCCUCCUCCACCUUCUUGUGCUCUUCAGAAAAAGCCAUUAACAUCUGAGAAAGAUCCACUUGGCAUUCUUGACCCUAUUCCUAGUAAACCAGUGAAUCAGAACCCUAUUAUCAUUAAUCCAACCAGUUUCCAUUCAAAUGUCCACUCUCAGGUACCUGUGAUGAAUGUAAGCAUGCCUCCUGCUGUUGUUCCUUUGCCAAGUAAUCUCCCUUUGCCAACUGUAAAACCUGGUCAUAUGAAUCAUGGGAGUCAUGUACAAAGAAUUCAGCAUUCAGCUUCAACCUCCCUGUCCCCUUCUCCAGUGACAUCCCCAGUGCACAUGAUGGGGACUGGAAUUGGAAGGAUUGAGGCAUCGCCCCAAAGAUCACGCUCAUCUUCCACAUCAUCAGAUCAUGGAAAUUUCAUGAUGCCACCUGUAGGACCCCAGGCCACUUGUAGUGGCAUAAAGGUUCCACCUAGGUCACCAAGGUCAACAAUAGGUUCCCCAAGGCCAUCAAUGCCAUCAAGCCCUUCUACCAAGUCUGAUGGACAUCAUCAGUACAAGGAUAUCCCUAACCCAUUAAUUGCUGGAAUGAGUAAUGUACUCAAUACCCCAAGCAGUGCAGCGUUUCCUACUGCACCUGCCGGAAAUGGUUCUGUAAAGAGUCAGCCUGGUUUGCUGGGAAUGCCUUUAAAUCAGAUCUUGAACCAGCACAAUGCUGCCUCCUUUCCAGCAAGUAGUUUACUCUCAGCAGCAGCCAAAGCACAGCUAGCAAAUCAAAACAAACUUGCUGGUAACAACAGUAGCAGCAGUAACAGUUCUGGAGCUGUUGCCAGCAGCGGCAACACUGAAGGACACAGCACUUUAAACACCAUGUUCCCUCCAACUGCCAACAUGCUUCUCCCAACAGGUGAAGGUCAAAGUGGUCGAGCAGCACUAAGAGAUAAGUUGAUGUCUCAGCAAAAAGACUCAUUACGGAAAAGAAAGCAACCACCCAGCACAGUGUUAAGUUUGCUCAGACAGUCUCAAAUGGAUAGUUCUGCAGCUCCUAAACCUGGACCUGACUUGCUAAGGAAGCAUGGGCAGGGGUCAUUUCCCAUCAGUUCAAUGUCUCAGUUACUACAGUCUAUGAGUUGUCAAAGCUCUCACUUGAGUAGCAAUAGUACCCCGGGUUGUGGGGGAUCAAAUACUGCUUUGCCUUGCUCUGCUAACCAGCUGCAUUUUCCAGAUCCUAAUAUGAAUGCCACUGUUCUUCAGAAUUCACUGACACAGAGCAUACCUUUGAGAGGGGAAGCCGUGCACUGCCACAAUGCAAACACUAACUUUGUUCACAGUAACAGUCCAGUCCCCAACCACCAUCUUGCAGGUUUAAUAAAUCAGAUUCAGGCUAGCGGGAACUGUGGGAUGCUCAGUCAGUCGGGCAUGGCUUUAGGAAACUCAUUACAUCCCAACCCACCUCAGUCAAGAAUUUCAACGUCCUCCACUCCAGUGAUACCAAACAGCAUUGUUAGCAGCUAUAAUCAAACAAGUUCUGAAGCAGGUGGUUCAAGCCUGCCCUCCUCCAUAGCUAUAGCUGGCAGCAACCACCCUGCCAUCACAAAGACUACAUCUGUUCUCCAAGAUGGUGUCAUAGUCACCACCGCAGCUGGAAACCCACUGCAGAGUCAGCUGCCCAUUGGGAGUGACUUUCCUUUUGUUGGCCAAGAGCAUGCCCUUCAUUUUCCAUCCAACAGCACUUCAAACAACCAUCUUCCACACCCCUUGAACCCCAGCCUCCUCAGUUCUCUACCUAUCUCUUUGCCAGUGAAUCAACAGCAUCUCCUAAACCAGAAUCUAUUAAAUAUCCUCCAGCCUUCAGCAGGAGAAGGCAAGUCUGAGAUCAACCUCCACCCUUUAGGUUUUCUCAACCCGAAUGUAAACGCUGCUUUAGCUUUUCUCUCCGGUGACAUGGAUGGGCAGGUAUUACAGCCUGUUCACUUUCAGCUUUUAGCAGCCCUGCUUCAGAACCAAGCCCAAGCAGCUGCCAUGCUUCCCCUGCCGUCUUUCAAUCUGACCAUCUCAGAUCUUUCGCAACAGCAGAAUACCCCUUUACCCUUAUUAACACAGAUGACAGCCCCACCAGACCGGUUGCCAAGCAAUCAGUCAGACAACAGCCGAGCUGAUACCCUUUUAGGCAGCCCCCUGGGAAACCCUUUAACAGGCAGUGACACUACUUUUAACCCCCUGCUCCUCCCAGCUGUCACUGGGGCCUCAGGAUUAAUGGCCUUGAAUCCCCAGCUGUUGGGAGGUGUCCUGAACUCGGCAUCGGCCAACACCGCUAUUCAUCCAGAGGUUUCCAUAGCAACCUCCUCCCAGGCAACCACUACCACAACCACUACAUCAUCAGCAGUGGCAGCACUGACUGUCUCAACACUUGGUGGGACAGCAGUGGUGUCAAUGGCAGAAACAUUGCUGAAUAUAUCUAAUAAUGCUGGGAAUCCACCUGGUCCAGCUAAACUCAACAGUAACUCUGUGGUGCCACAGCUACUUAACCCUCUACUGGGGACAGGUCUGCUUGGUGAUAUGUCAUCCAUAAACAAUUCUUUGAAUAACCAUCAGCUGACUCAUCUGCAGUCACUGCUGAACAGCAAUCAGAUGUUUCCUCCGAAUCAGCAGCAGCAGCACCUUCUCCAGGGACACCAGAAUCUUCAGGCCUUCCAAGGACAACCCACAGUCCCUUGCCCAGCUAACAAUAACCCCAUGGCUUGUCUGUUUCAGAACUUCCAGGUGAGGAUGCAAGGAGAUGCAGCUCUUCUAAAUAAAAGAAUAAGCAGUCAGCCUGGACUCACAGCACUUCCUGAGAACCCAAACCUUGUACUUCCACAUUUCCAAGAUACACCUUGUGAGCUGCAGCCAAGGAUUGACCAGUCUCUUGGUCAGCCCAUGAAGGACGGCCUCAUUAUGGGUGGCCAAGGCGAUGCCUCCGUAGACGCCAUUUACAAAGCAGUUGUGGAUGCAGCCAGCAAAGGAAUGCAGGUUGUCAUCACCACUGCUGUCAACAGCACGACUCAAAUCAGCCCUAUCCCAGCCCUGAGCGCCAUGAGUGCCUUCACUGCCUCCAUUGGUGACCCAUUAAAUCUGUCCAGUGCUGUGAGCGCCGUCAUCCAUGGGCGGAACAUGGGAGGAGUGGAUCAUGACGGCAGGCUGAGGAAUGUGAGAGGGUCACGGCUACCGAAGAACGUAGACCAUGGGAAGAACUCCAGUGAAGGAGACGGGUUUGAGUGUUUCAAGUCAGCGAGCUGCCACACAUCCAGAAAACAGUGGGAUGGAGAGCAAAGUCCCAGAGGGGAACGCAGCAGGUGGAAGUAUGAGGAGUUUUUAGAUCAUCCAGGCCAUAUCCAUAGUAGUCCUUGCCAUGAAAGGCCCAACAAUGUCUCUGCACUGCCAUUUCUAGCUGGGGAGCAGCACCCAAUACUGUUACCACCAAGAAACUGUCAAGGUGAUAAGAUUCUAGAGGAAAAUUUCAGGUAUAAUAACUACAAAAGAACUAUGAUGAGUUUUAAAGAGAGACUAGAGAGUACUGUGGAGAGAUGUACACACAUUAAUGGAAACAGACCUCGUCAGAGUAGGGGCUUUGGAGAGCUGCUUAGCACUGCAAAACAAGACCUAGUCCUAGAGGGGCAGUCUCCAGGUUCUUCGAAUAGUUUGGAAAGUUCUCUGGUCAAAGACUACAUCCAUUACAAUGGAGACUUUAAUGCCAAAAGCAUUAAUGGGUGUGUGCCUAGUCCCUCAGAUGCUAAAAGCAUUAGUAGUGAAGAUGACCUGAGGAAUCCAGACUCCCCCUCUUCACAUGAGUUGAUACACUAUAGACCAAGGACGUUCAACGUUGGUGACUUGGUCUGGGGCCAAAUCAAAGGACUGACUUCCUGGCCUGGAAAAUUCAUAAGAGAAGACGACGUUCACAAUUCAUGCCAACAAAGCCCCGAGGAAGGGAAGGUGGAGCCCGAGAAGUUGAAGACCCUCACAGAAGGUUUAGAAGCCUACAGCCGAGUCCGGAAAAGGAGCAGAAAAAGUGGAAAGCUAAAUAACCAUUUAGAAGCUGCUAUUCACGAGGCCAUGAGCGAACUGGACAAAAUGUCUGGGACUGUUCACCAAAUCCCACAGGGUGACAGGCAAAUGAGGCCUCCCAAACCCAAGAGGAGGAAGAUCUCCAGAUAACAGAGACUGUUCCACUGAUGCACAGUGUUUAUCAAAGGAGCAUGCACAGACACACCUUUAUGUAGGUAUUCAUGCGGCCACUGUUAGAUCACUCUGUAAACUAUGGCAGAUAGCUACCACCACUACAGGGCCCUAAAGGGAACAGCGAUGGAGACGAGCGUUGAUCAGGAAGGAAAAUGAAUGUCAAAAACAAAACAGAACAAUCAAAAUCCCUGUAUGAACAAAAAGCGGUAAAUGGUCAAGUGAUCACUGAGAAACGUUUUCUAUUGUACUGAAAUUGUGAUUAUAAGAAAUAGUCCAAAUGUUUCUGAAGAAUUUUCAGUGUUGUAUAUAGAAAAUACAGAAUUUCAUGGCGAUAUUAGAAAUGUAAAUAUUGUACAAUAUUGUCAUGUACAAGCAUACUUAAUGCACACUUUAUCUUUUAUUGUACAAAGAAAUAGUGUACAAAAAUCUUUGGUUUCUAUGGAGUACACCUACCAGAGACUACCAGUGUAAAGUGAUAAAUAAAAAUACAACCUAAAUGCUUUUCUAUGAUAAUGUAGAAGAUGCUGGUUUUGUAUUUAACGGCAGAGAAAAGGCAUGGUGGUGUAACACACACGUCAUGGCGUCCACUGC